CUCAGCCUUCCCUCUGUCUCCAUCCCUUCCUCACACUCUCUGAUUUUGAAUUUGAGUUCUUUUCCAAUGGCGAGCAGAUACUGGGUUGUGUCCCUUCCCGUUCAAAACUCUGCCUCCUCUCUCUGGAAUCGUUUGCAAGAACAAAUCUCCAAACAUUCCUUCGACACUCCCCUGUACAGGUUCAAUAUACCCAAUCUCCGUGUUGGAACCCUCGAUUCUCUCCUCGCUCUUACCGAUGAUCUCUUCAAGUCAAAUACGUUCGUUGAAGGAGUAUCUCACAAGAUCAGGCGGCAGAUCGAGGAGUUAGAGAGGACGUCUGGAAUCGAGACAACUGCUCUUACUGUAGAUGGUGUUCCUGUUGAUUCCUAUCUCACCAGGUUUGUCUGGGACGAGGCCAAGUACCCAACAAUGUCGCCUUUGAGGGAAAUUGUUGAUGGCAUUCAGAGCCAGGUUGCAAAGAUUGAGGAUGAUCUCAAGGUUCGUGUUGCUGAGUAUAACAAUGUACGCGGUCAACUUAAUGCAAUAAACAGAAAGCAAAGUGGAAGCUUAGCUGUUCGUGAUCUUUCCAAUCUGGUAAAGCCAGAAGAUAUCAUUACUUCAGAACACCUAGUGACUCUCCUUGCCGUCAUUCCCAAGUAUUCACAGAAGGAUUGGUUGUCAAGCUAUGAAACAUUGACUAGCUAUGUGGUUCCUAGGUCCUCAAAGAAGUUGUACGAGGAUAAUGAAUAUGCUCUUUAUACCGUCACAUUAUUUGGUCGUGUUGCAGACAAUUUCAGAACUGGUGCACGUGAGCGCGGCUUCCAAAUUCGUGAUUUUGAGUAUAGUCCAGAGGCACAAGAGAGUAGGAAGCAGGAGUUAGAGAAGUUGAUGCAAGACCAGGAAACCCUGCGAAGCUCUCUUUUACAAUGGUGCUACAAUAGUUAUGGAGAGGUUUUUAGCUCCUGGAUGCACUUUUGUGCUGUGCGUGUUUUUGCGGAGAGCAUACUGAGAUAUGGUUUGCCACCAUCGUUCUUGGCAUGUGUUUUAGCUCCAUCUGUGAAGAGUGAGAAGAAAGUAAGGUCAAUCCUUGAAGGGUUGUGCGAUACAGCAAACAGUACAUACUGGAAGUCUGAAGAUGAAGUUGGAGGAGUGGCUGGUUAUGGAGCUGAUGCUGAUGCCCAUCCCUAUGUCUCCUUCACAAUCAAUCUUGCUUGAUCAGUGCUUAUCUAUUAAGUACUUUGUCCAAGGCAAAUUUCAAGCAUAUUCAUGCCAGGAAACAAUAAUAAGGGCAAUGAUGAGAAAUGCUGUAUAUUAGAUUCAAUAGCUCAAUUCUUUGGUUGUUUAUUUAUGUUAUGAGAUUAGGAGAGCUUUGGUGGAAUGUAAUGGGUAAAAAAGAACCUGUAUUUUAUGAUCGAUUUUCAUGAGGCUUAAUGUUGGCAUUUGACAGUCUGUAAUGCUGACUCGCUGAGCCUUGGCUAUAUAUUAUAAGUUCUAUGGGGUUGAAUAAAAUUACACAUUUGGA